CUUGCCCAAGAUUAAAUAAUUCAGACCGACAGAGAGUAAACGCUAAUUUAACUUGUGGUGCUGAGAGAAAGAAAUCUUAGAAGUUCUUGGAAUUUUUUUUCAUUUUAUACCGAAUUAAGGAUUGAUGGCUCCGUACACUUCCGAUGAGACGUUAUCAAGAACUUCAGUUAUGGAAAUGGAAGAGGAGGUAAGUGAUCAUCAGCAAAGUGCUGAGGUGACUCCAGCCAGCAGUGAGAAUGACCUUCUGGAAAAUAAAUCGGAGGACAGCAUCGAUGAUGAUGAUGAUGACGAUGAAGAUGAUGAUGAUAUUGAUAAAAUGUUGAGUGAGUUGCAGACUUUCCAAGAGGAGCUUGAGCAGAAGUCACAGUUUCCAACAGAAGAUGAACAGAGCCCAGGUAUAUCGCCAUAUGUACCACCCUCACAGCCUCUGGACCAGUUCAGAUUUUCCAUAAGUGCUAUAGAGGGAAGUGGUGAAGUAGACUUGGAUGCCCUUCUAGAAGAUCUGUGUGUUAUGGAAAGGGACAUGACGUCUUCCAGUGAAACAGAUUCCAUGUUUUCAGAGACAAUUUCUAGCCCCAUAAUAAACUCUCCAAUCUCACCCAAAAUGAAGGUGUCAGCUGAUGUGCGUAGCCGUCUUGAAAGUGUCCAAGAAGAGACGAGAGAACUUACCCCUGAGGAACAACAUGAAAGAAUCAAAACAGAGAAAAUAAGGAUAGCUUUGGAGAAACUCAGGGCAGCUAGAGUGAAAAAGUUAGUUGUCAAAGUAUACAAUGAUGAGGAUCCAACAUCAAAAACUGUGGCCAUUGAUCAGACUUGGACGGCAUGGGAAGUAUGCAAGAAAAUGAUGCGCAAGAAUGACACAGAACCUGAUCCCAACUGGGUUCUGAUCGAAAGAAUUCCAGAACUCUUUUUAGAACGACUCUUGGAAGAUCAUGAAUCAGUAGUGGAUGUAGUUUCAACCUGGCCAUGGGAUUCUGAGAACAAACUAGUGAUUAAUAACAGAAGAGAAAAAUAUGCACUUUUUAGAAACCCGCAGAACUUUCUUCUGACAAGUGAUACAUCAGCAGGUGCUGCACAGUUGGCAGAGAAAAGUAAAGAUAUUUUGCUGCAGGAAUUCUUUCAAAAGGAUGCCAUGAGACUACCAGAACUUGAUGGUAUUUUGUACCUUAAGGAAGGGAAAAAAUCCUGGAAAAAGCAUUAUUUUGUUCUCAGAGCAUCUGGAAUCUACUAUACACCAAAGGGAAAAACUAAGUCGUCACGCGACAUCGUAUGCUUGAUGAAGUUUGAACAUGUUUCAAUCUAUAAUGGUAUUGGAUUCAAGAAGAAGCUGAAGGCGCCCACAGAGCACUGCUUCGUUUUAAAGCAUCCUCAAUACCAUGACCUGGAGUCAAAAGCUGUUCGCUGUUUUUGCGCAGAAGAUCUUAAAACAAUGCAGCGCUGGAUGGUGGGCAUCAGACUAGCAAAGUUCGGAUACAAAAUGUUGGUAGAUUAUACGGACACGCAAGACGAGAUGGACAAGCUUGCGUUCACACUAGACAGGAACAAGUUCACCAGGUCAUCAAGCUUUACUUCAGGACAAACUUCUGACCAAAUAGAUGGCAAACUUGAGUCGCAGGCUGAACCACCCAAGGAUUAUCAGUCGAUGAAAGCAAAGGUUCAGUCUCAGAGAAUUAAAGAUUCAAUCGGCACAUCCUCAAUCCAUCCCAGUGGUAGCAUGAGCUUCUCCGUCAACAGGAGUAAAAUUGAACCCAAGAAGCCUUCAAAGAAGAUUGGAAAUUUGUUUUCGGAUGCCUGGAAGAAAGGGAACGAGUAUGACUCUAAGAAUAUUUCUGAACCCAUCUCGCCCGAUCCACCCUCAACGCAUAGUGCGGGAGCUGCUACGCCAAAUACCUUGGACCCAAAGCCUUUCACCAUAGAUAACGUGAGCCUGCAACCUCUGGAGGAAGAACACGAGGUAAAGGAUGAGACCCAUGAAACUGAGGCGGGAGAAGCUGUUGUUCCAGAGCACAAUUUGGUGUUAGAUCCACCGCCUUUACCUCGGAAGUCAUUCUCCAAGAAAAUUGAAGGGGAACCUGCACAGCCACAGGGAGACAACAGCGAAGACAGAGAACAGGCGCAGAAUGGUGGUGAACUAAGCCCACGGGGUAGGAGCUCGUUCAAACAACCAAGGAGGACUCGCAGCGUGUCGCCGCCUCCACCGCCACCAUCCCCACCCUUGGCAAAUCGUGGAGUCACCCAGGAGCCUAGUAAUAACAUGGGGGUAUCUCACUCUUCGAAUACACGCGGAAGUGCUUCCCCUCCUCCCCCUCCCGUCCCUCCAAAAUCAGCGACACCCCGUACUUCGUCUGUAAGUUCAGAAAACAGCGUGUUCCGACGAACCUCGUCUAGCGCUUCGGACCACGAAGUGUUCCCGCAAACUCCUUCAAUUGUUUCAGACCAAUCUGGGAUGCCUCAACCCGCUCCUAGUACGUCAGACCAAGAAGUGUUCAGCGGCUCGCUCCUUCCACCCCCUUCACGGCUUCUCUCCACCUCCAUGGAGGAAAUGCCUCCACCGCCACCUACCUCAGACGUUCAAGAAGAUGCAGACGUGGAGCUCCCUCCUCCUCCUCCAGAGGUGUUGUUUAAAGAAAGGCUUAGCAUGUCUAUCAGUAACGGCAGGCGGAGAACCCCCAGUGACGCCCCAGCAGUACCGCCCAAAACAGGGAGACCAAGAUUUAGCAGCUCUGGGCCGCAAUCUCCUACCUCUCAAGGGAGAACGUCUUCGUUCACGGGCAGCUCGUAAACAAGUUUGUUCGCCUGCUGGGUAAACAAACUACAAUAAAAUGAGAAAUGUUGGUAAUUAUUUAUUUGGUCUCGUGUGAAUAACCGCAGUUGAACACACAUGUGAGCUAAACUUGAGCGUUUAAGAACUAAUGAUACUUUAACGCAAAUGAUGUCAAACCUAUUUUAUAUCUUUCAUAUAUGAAGAUGUAUUUACAAGAAAAAUGUAGGAGGAAUUGUUUUUUUGAACAUUCCUAUAUUUUUCCUAUGAAGAAAAAUAAAAUUUCGAACCGUAAUUUUCAAAAUUUAAGAUGGAAGAAUCGGGUGUGUGAAGCUGCUAUGUAGUUAAGGAAACAACGGAAUUUUUUUUUUAACUGAGCCCUUGUGGGAAGGAGGUGUUAUUAUAUGUUUCAAGGUGUGUUAGACAAUUUUAUUUUGACACUGUCUAGAAACAUACCAAUCAUGAAUCGACAUCUCAUCAAAGAGCUAGAUUUGGAUCUAAGAUUUUAAGAGUUAUGACAAUCCAUUUCACACAUGCCAAUUAUUUAUCAGUGUAAGUGUUUAAACGGAAAUUCCGUCGAAAAGUUCCUAAAAUUAAGGUUACAGUUCAUCUGAACUAAACUGGACUGUUCGAAUGUAAGUUGUAUUGUCAAAUUUCAGUGAAUAUUCUUGUGUUGAAAUUUUGAUAUUUUUUCUGAUAUGUUUAUUUGUAAAAUUUUGUAAGUGGUGUUGUUUGUCUCACGACACAGUUUAAGUUUUUUUUUUCACGAGAUCACGACAUGCCGCGGUCUUAAAUUCAGAAUUUUACGAUUUUCAUUAAUUCGUGCCACACAAGGGAAUAGUGCACCGCGCGCGCUGAUUGGCUGGUUCGGAAGUGAAAAGCAAGUACCAUUCACCUCCCAGCAGCCAAUGAGACCCAAUCGUGCGUCAAGAGUGAAAUCUACGACCAUUUCUUAUUAAAAAAAGUUGAACUUAAUUUUUAGUAUCUGUAUUUUUUUUUCUUGUAUUGCGAUUAUGUGUUGUGGUCUCAACUAAAUACUAAUAUUGAAUUGAUGUAUCUGCUUGGUAGUUGGGUCAAAUAAAUUAAGUUCUGAUAUGUUUAAAUUUAUGUAGUGUCCAACAUUUUAUAUCAAAGGAAGCAAUCUAUGUUUAUUACUGCGAGAUAUUAUACAUUUAAAACAUAUUCAAUUGUACAUAGGAGUUAGGACACGGUACUGAUAAAUAUUUCUAUGCUAAAAAUAUAUUUUUGUACGUUGUAAUUUUUCGAAUAUACGCCGUUUUUGUAGUUAAUAAACGAUCAUCUCUGCAUUUAAUCA